AUGGGUCACCUUCAAGUCACAAAAAAACCAUUCUUUUUCACUCUUGCAUUAAUAAUACUUAUUCCAAUUACCACAAAACUCUUGAUUUCACCCUCUCUCUCAAAUUCAAUUGCUUGUGUCUCACUCAUCAUCUUAUUAUACAUAUACUUAACUAGUUUCAAUUCAAACAAACACAAACAAAAUUCUUCACCUCUUCCUCCAAGUCCUCUUUCAUUUCCUAUAUUUGGAAAUUGGCUCCAAGUUGGCAAUGAUCUCAAUCAUCGUAUUCUUGCAACCAUGUCACAAACUUAUGGACCACUUUUCCUCCUCAAACUUGGUUCCAAAAACUUGGUCGUUGUCUCCGACCCCAAACUCGCCACCGAUGUCCUUCAUUCACAAGGCGUAGCAUUCGGGUCUCGCCCUCGUAACGUUGUCUUCGAUAUCUUCACCGGUAAUGGACAAGACAUGGUUUUCACCAUCUACGGUGAUCAUUGGCGAAAAAUGCGAAGAAUUAUGACAUUACCAUUUUUCACUAACAAGGUUGUUCAUAAUUAUAGUAACAUGUGGGAACAAGAGAUGGAUUUGGUAGUGCAAGAUCUUAAGGCUAAUGAUAUUGUUAGAAGUGAAGGGAUAGUUAUUAGAAAACGUCUUCAAUUGAUGUUGUAUAAUAUCAUGUAUAGAAUGAUGUUUGAUGCAAAAUUUGAGUCUCAAGAUGAUCCUUUGUUCAUUCAAGCUACAAGAUUUAAUUCUGAAAGAAGCCGUUUGGCACAAAGUUUUGAAUAUAAUUAUGGAGAUUUUAUACCUUUGCUUAGGCCUUUUUUGAGAGGCUACCUCAACAAGUGCAAAGACUUGCAAACUAGGAGGCUUGCAUUUUUCAACAACUACUUCAUUGAGAAGAGGAGAAAAAUAAUGGCAGCCAAUGGGAAGAAGCAUGAGAUAAACUGUGCAAUUGAUCACAUAAUAGAUGCUGAAUUAAAGGGUGAAAUAAGUGAAGAAAAUGUAAUGUACAUAGUAGAAAACAUUAAUGUUGCAGCAAUAGAGACAACACUAUGGUCCAUGGAAUGGGCAAUAGCAGAAUUAGUGAAUAAUCCAAAAGUCCAAACAAAAAUUCGUGAUGAAAUAUCAAAAGUGCUUAAAGGAGAAUCAGUGACAGAGUCAAACUUAAACCAACUACCAUAUUUAGAAGCAACAAUAAAAGAAACAUUAAGAUUGCACACACCAAUUCCACUAUUAGUACCCCACAUGAACCUUGAAGAAGCUAAACUAGGAGGUUACAAAAUUCCAAGAGAGUCAAAGGUAGUUGUUAAUGCUUGGUGGCUUGCAAAUAAUCCAGUGUGGUGGGAAAAUCCAGAGGAGUUUAGGCCAGAGAGGUUUUUGGAAGAGGAAAAUGGAAUUGAUGCUGUUGUUGCUGGAGGGAAAGUUGAUUUUAGAUUUGUGCCAUUUGGUGUUGGAAGAAGGAGUUGUCCUGGUAUUAUACUAGCAUUGCCAAUAUUGGGUUUGGUUGUUGCAAAGUUGGUGUCCAAUUUUGAGAUGAAUGCUCCUAAUGGGACAAACAUUGAUGUUACUGAAAAAGGUGGACAAUUUAGUUUGCAUAUUGCAAAUCACUCCACUGUUUUGUUCCAUCCAAUUCAUUAAGAGAUGUUUCAUCUCCCAAUAUUUUCUACAAGUAUUUGUUUUUGUAUUUCCAUUUUUCAAUCAAGUUGUUAUCAUUACUCAUUGGUAUAAGACAAUUAAAUAAUGUAUACUAUUAAAUAAUUUCAUAUUUUAGUUUUUGGUAAAAAA